AUGAGCUUCGCGCAGGUCGCGACCCCCCGCGGCGGCGCCAGGCCGGCCCUGCCGCGCCCGGUGCGGCCCCAGUCGUCCUCCAGAGUCCGCGCCGCGCCGCCGGAGAAGGCGUCCGGCAAGAUCGAGCCGCCGAGCUUCGCCCAGGUGCCCGGGCUGCGGGAGUUCGCCGCGGCGCUCCAGACCCGCCGGCGCCACAUCCCCUCCCAGACCUACGCGGAUCCGCUGAUGCGCCUGUUCGACGAGUUCGACACCGACCACGACGGGCGCCUAACGGCCGCGGAGGUGGCCGCGGCCCUCAAGUCGCGCCAGGUGGACCUCAGUGAGGAUCUGGCGCAGCUCUACAUCGACGGUGCGCACGGGCUCUGGCCUCCCUUUGGCCCCUUGGGAGCAGGCGCGGACUGGCAGCGGGCCUUUUGGACUUGGCGGUCUUGGAAAAAUAAUGGGGGUGUUUCGGUUCGUGAUGAAUGUUCGGAUGCGACACGUUUCAAACCCAGCAUACCACGCUUGGCCAUGCGCCCUGCGCAGUAA